UGACGUCGAGUGACGCAUCCCCGCGCAUAUAAACUCGUUGGUGAAAUUUCGACGCCAUAUUAUUUCGUGAAAAGAAGCCGUCAAUCGCGCACCUUUGCUGAGUUUACUCUACGAGUUAAGUCAACGACUGAGAUAGUUAUACAUUAAAAAUCAAAAAAUGGCAGCAACUAAAGCACCUGCUGUAGGUAUCGACUUGGGUACCACUUACUCAUGCGUGGGAGUUUUCCAGCAUGGUAAGGUGGAGAUCAUCGCCAACGACCAGGGCAACAGGACCACGCCCUCAUAUGUCGCGUUCACAGACACCGAGCGUCUCAUCGGUGAUGCCGCCAAGAACCAGGUGGCGAUGAACCCUAACAACACAAUUUUCGAUGCUAAACGUCUCAUCGGCCGCAAAUUCGAAGAUGCCACCGUACAAGCCGACAUGAAGCACUGGCCUUUCGAGGUUGUCAGUGACGGUGGUAAGCCAAAGAUCAAGGUCUCAUACAAGGGAGAAGACAAAACCUUCUUCCCUGAGGAAGUUAGCUCAAUGGUGCUCACAAAAAUGAAGGAAACAGCCGAGGCCUAUCUCGGCAAAACGGUGCAGAAUGCAGUAAUCACGGUUCCAGCGUACUUCAACGACUCACAAAGACAAGCCACGAAAGAUGCGGGUACCAUCUCUGGCUUGAACGUUCUCCGUAUCAUCAAUGAACCGACUGCUGCUGCGAUUGCGUACGGCCUUGACAAGAAGGGGAGUGGAGAACGUAACGUCUUGAUUUUCGAUCUCGGCGGCGGUACCUUCGACGUGUCCAUCCUGACCAUCGAGGACGGUAUCUUUGAAGUAAAGUCCACCGCUGGUGACACUCACUUGGGAGGAGAGGACUUCGACAACAGAAUGGUGAACCACUUCGUGCAGGAGUUCAAGAGGAAGUACAAGAAGGACCUCGCCACCAACAAGAGGGCCCUUCGGCGAUUGCGCACUGCUUGUGAAAGGGCGAAGAGGACUCUGUCUUCUUCUACCCAGGCUAGCAUUGAAAUCGACUCUCUAUUUGAGGGUAUCGAUUUCUACACAUCCAUCACCAGGGCUCGUUUCGAGGAGCUGAACGCUGACCUGUUCAGAUCCACCAUGGAGCCUGUGGAGAAGUCCCUUCGUGACGCGAAGAUGGAUAAGUCGCAAAUCCACGACAUCGUACUUGUAGGUGGUUCUACUCGUAUUCCCAAGGUGCAGAAGCUCCUUCAAGACUUCUUCAAUGGAAAGGAGCUUAACAAAUCCAUCAACCCCGACGAGGCCGUAGCUUAUGGUGCCGCCGUCCAGGCCGCCAUCUUGCAUGGUGACAAGUCUGAGGAAGUGCAGGACCUGCUCCUGCUCGACGUGACUCCGCUGUCGCUCGGUAUCGAAACCGCCGGCGGUGUCAUGACCACCCUCAUUAAGCGUAACACCACCAUCCCCACCAAGCAGACUCAGACCUUCACCACCUACUCUGACAACCAGCCCGGAGUACUCAUCCAGGUAUUCGAGGGCGAGCGUGCCAUGACCAAGGACAAUAACCUGCUCGGAAAGUUCGAGCUCACUGGCAUCCCUCCCGCGCCACGUGGCGUGCCCCAGAUCGAGGUCACCUUCGACAUCGACGCCAACGGUAUCCUCAACGUAUCUGCUGUUGAGAAGUCCACCAACAAGGAGAAUAAGAUCACCAUCACCAACGACAAGGGCCGCCUUUCAAAGGAGGAGAUCGAGCGCAUGGUCAACGAGGCCGAGAAAUACAGGACUGAGGACGAGAAGCAGAAGGAGACUAUCCAGGCCAAGAACGCCCUGGAAUCAUACUGCUUCAACAUGAAGUCCACCAUGGAGGAUGAGAAGCUCAAGGACAAGAUCUCAGACUCUGACAAGCAAACCAUCCUCGACAAGUGCAACGACACCAUCAAAUGGUUGGACUCCAAUCAGCUGGCUGACAAGGAGGAGUACGAGCACAAACAGAAGGAGCUGGAAGGCAUCUGCAACCCCAUCAUCACCAAGAUGUACCAGGGUGCCGGUGGCAUGCCCGGCGGCAUGCCCGGCGGUAUGCCCGGCUUCCCCGGCGGCGCGCCCGGCGCUGGCGGCGCGGCCCCCGGUGGCGGUGCCGGACCUACCAUCGAGGAGGUCGACUAAACAUUCCAACAGAUUACACACCACGCUUUUACUGAUAUUGCAGUAUUCAACUACAGUACAGUGUCUCCAAUAAAUGAUUGAAACUCA